UCCAUCUCAGACCUUUGAGGAGAGAUACAGGACAGAGUAGGUCCUUGUCUGCUGCCAAAAGACAUAGGACUGUCCGAAAGAACUCAAGGAGGAUUUAUUCUUCUUACCAAGACCACCAGCAGGGCUCCUCAGAUGAAGACAGUGGAAAUGAAAAAGAAGUGGACAGCAAUGACCCAGAAGAAAUGUUCCAGAACAUUCAGUACCAAAAAGAGAUCAUCGCUAACAUCCGCUCCAGACCCUGGACAAUGAGACGCAAGCUCAAAGUUCUAAAGCACGCUCGAGAGAUUGUCCUAAAGUAUGAAGGCCAACUGACAAGAACAAGGGGUUAUCAGACUGCUGGAGCUGAUCUGUUAAAAAAACUUUACCGUGUGCUUUACAACAUUGUUGUUACAUUCAUUCCAUGGGAAGUGAGGAUCAAAAAAAUUGAAAGUCACUUUGGAUCAGGUGUGGCCUCCUAUUUUAUCUUUCUUCGCUGGUUGUUUGGGAUAAACAUCGUCCUUACCAUCAUGACAGGAGCAUUUGUGGUCCUGCCAGAGGUGUUGGCUGGAGCUCCAUUUGGAACAACAAGGAGUAAAACUAUCCCCAAGGAGCAUUUUGCAUCAGCCCAAGACUUGGACACCAUCUGGUCUCUUGGGGGUUACCUGCAGUACUCAGUUUUAUUCUAUGGUUAUUACGGCAGUGUGAGAAAAAUUGGCAGUGCGGGCUACCGACUACCACUUGCAUACUUCCUUGUUGGGAUGGCUGUCUUUGCCUACAGUUUCAUCAUUCUGUUACGCAAAAUGGCAAAAAACUCUCGUCUGAGUCUGGCCAGUGCUUCUGAUGAAAACUUCACAUUCUGUUGGAGAGUUUUCUGUGCCUGGGAUUACCUGAUAGGCAACCCAGAGGCUGCAGAGUGCAAAGGAGCUGCAAUCGUCAACAACAUUAGGGAAGCAAUUGUUGAAGAACAAGAAAAGAAGAAGGAUACCAGCCUGGCAGUUCUCAUCAGUCUGCGUAUUUUAGCCAAUAUCCUGGUUUUGCUGUCGCUAGCUGGGAGCAUCUACAUCAUCUAUUUUGUGGUAGACCGAUCUCAGAAACUGGAGCAGGAAAAACCAGAGCUGACGCUGUGGGAAAAGAAUGAGGUGAGUGUGGUGGUUUCCCUCAUAACCAUGAUUGCCCCUUCUGCUUUUGAGCUAGUUGCCCAGCUGGAGAUGUACCACCCAAGAACCUCUUUGCGAUUCCAGUUGGCCAGAGUCCUUGUUUUAUACCUGGGAAAUCUCUACAGCCUCAUUAUUGCUCUCCUGGAUAAAGUCAACAGUAUGAGCUCUGCUGAAUCAGAGCUGGAGCAGGUGAGCCUGUGGCCAACUGCAGGUAAGGUAUCAAGGAUCUCUGUGUCUGACCAUCACAACAGCACCAUGGCAACCAUCACCACAGCAAUCCACUUCUUCCACAACAGGAGCAGCUUUGUGACUGCAUACAACCAAACAACUCCUUUUGAGAAAAAUGCACGCUCUCAGCAGGACCAGUGCUGGGAGACCUAUGUUGGACAGGAAAUGUUGAAGCUUUCCAUCAUUGACAUGAUCUUCACUGUGGCCAGCAUCUUGCUAAUUGACUUUACCAGGGGUCUGGUGGUUCGCUAUCUGAGUGACUGUUGCUGCUGGGACUUAGAGAGCAAGUUUCCUGAAUAUGGAGAAUUUAAAAUAGCUGAAAAUGUCCUACACUUGAUUUACAACCAAGGAAUGAUCUGGAUGGGAGCCUUUUUCUCUCCAUGCCUUCCUGCCUUUAAUGUGUUGAAAUUGAUUGGUCUCAUGUAUCUAAGGAGCUGGGCCGUCCUCACCUGUAAUGUUCCUCAUCAGCAGGUUUUCCGAGCUUCAAGAUCAAAUAAUUUCUACUUGGCUAUGCUACUUUUCAUGCUGUUCCUCUGUAUGCUUCCCACCAUCUUUGCUAUCGUGCGAUAUAGACCAUCUCAACACUGUGGACCAUUCAGUGGUCAAGAGAAGAUUUAUGACAUCCUCUCAGAUACAGUGGCCUCUGACUUCCCACUUUGGUUCAGUAAAGUAAUGAGUUAUGUCACCAGCCCUGUUGUGGUACUGCCAGCAGUGCUGCUGCUAUUUAUGCUGAUAUAUUAUCUUCAAGCCAUUGCCAGAUCCCUCAAAUUCACCAACAACCAACUAAGGAUGCAGCUACAGACUGAGCGGACCGAGGACAAGAAAAAAGUCUUUCAGAUGGCUGCAGCAAGGCUGCAAGCUACUGAAGCCUCCGCUGACAAAAAGCCGGAUCAGCAGGAGAGUGACAUCACAAGCCAGAAAGCUUCCAUACACACCCCAUCUCCCAGGCCAAAUGGCAGCGUAACUAAUUUUGAGUCUCCUGUUCAACAUAGUAACAGCAUCCAUACCAUCACCGAAUCAGCUUCUAGAGCUGAUCUGAAAGGAGGACAUGUGUCUGGAUCUGUCAGAAGUCCAGCCAUGGUCAUACUACCCAAACGCCAGGUGGAACACUUACCUAACAGGUCCCGACAUUUUAUGGGUGGCCCAAGUGGUUCCUGCAGAUCCAAGUCCUGCCACCACAUGACAUAUAAUCCACCAUCUGACUUGUCCAACACCAUCCAUACUGAACCCUUGUACAGGAAGACUAUACGUUCCUCACAACCUGUUGAGGCUCCUGGUAUCCUUGCUGCACAAAAUUAUGGGGGGCGCCACGGUCACACUACCCGCUAUAUGAUUGUCAGUGAGCACAGGCCCCGUAAGAAGAUGCGGUGUUCAGCCACACAAAUCCCACGGCACUAUCUCAUGGAGGGGCCCACAGAGAUCCUCGAGCUAUACCCAUGCAACAUAAAACAAUCCACACCUCGCACCAUUCAUCACCAACCACAUCUCCACCGCUCCCACACAUCACAGCAGCUCAUCAAGGAAGAGGAGGAAGAAAAUGCAAAAGGCAGAAAAAGGACGGCAUUAGGCAAAACCCAUCGGCCCCGUUCAUUGUCUGACCACCACCAACAAGCACACUUCUACAUUGGUAAAAGAUUAGAAAGCUUUAGAGAAAGCCAGACAGCAAGAUUUGAGAUGCAAGAAGUUAAUGAAGAGAAUGAUGGUAAAGAACAAAUUGACUGGGGAGAUUUCAACCUAUAUUCUCCGACUCAAGCGGGCAUAAGAGAAACUGACCCUCUUCAAAUGCAAAGGCAUCAUGUUCAUUCUCCAGGGAAACAAUGUCAGUCCCCCACCAGAACAAGACACAUGGGGUCGCAUUUGAAGCCCAAGUUAAGGGGACAGUUUGAGACUCCUCUGACUGAAUCGGACUCUUCUGUGGCCUCCAGCAGUGAUCAACAAAACAGCAGCACUUACCAGUACAUUCAGGUCAUUCACAGCAAGGGGCACCAUCUAGGCUCUGAUGUCAGGCAGGAAAACUUGCCCAAAAAGGAAACUAAGACUAACUUUGAUCUAAACUACACUGGGACAAAUGACUUUGUCUGCUCCAAUGUCUAACUUUUCUUUUGCCAAAUUUAAAUAUGUGCAAGCGGUUUUUAAAUCAUACAUAUAUAUAUAUAUAUAUAUAUAUAUACUUGUACUCAUACUCGUCGUCUUCCGCUUUAUCCGGGACUGGGUCGCGGAGGCAGCAGACUCAGCAGAGACGCCCAGUCAUCCCUCUCCCCUG